UUGUUUCCUGAUAUGAUACGGAUGAAAGCAGUUCUUUCUGUAUCUCUUUAAAUGCAAGGCAGAAAAUAUACACGGGCCGUUUCCACUAAUCUCUUAUUAAGUUUACUAGCUCUCUUGAUUGCUCUUUCAGUUCGUUCGUACGUACGUACGUCUUCUUGUUUGUGUAUUGCAAGUAGCUUCAAUGGAAGUCACAAGAGUUGAUGUUAACCUACAUACAGUGAACAUAGAUGUUUUCGAUCCGAGGAAUUAUGAUCCUAUGUUCCUUGUUCAAAUUACUUUGCAAAGAAAGCGUGAAAUGUGGUUGAGUGUCAUAGACCAAGAAGAAUUACUAAUGACCGGUCAACACCAGAUUGAUUCAGAGUCAGGCUGUGUGUUCGAAGUUCCUAUUCAAGAAGUUUCUGUGCCUGCUUCAUUCAUCCAUUACCUUGCCCGAAGGAUUUCUGGUUUCAACCUUGAUGCUUCCCUCUGUGUGGAUUUAGCCUCAUUGAUUGCUUCCCAUGCUUACCAUAUAGAGGGACAUUGUAGAGGAUUCUAUGUGUCAGCUCAUGUAGACCUUGUUGAUGUAGAUGUAAACGAAGUUGCGGCCUCGGAGAUUGGGCCAAUAUUAGAUAGCGAAGGUUUCACUCUACCAAGGGGUGCAUCGGAGACAUUGUUGAAGAAGGAGAGGUUUUGUAAGGAGCAGGGGGAUGCUGAUUCUUCUUCGGGUAGUGCUUGUGUGGUUUGCUUGGAGGACUUUUCUAGUUCAGUUAAGCUCAUAAAGUUACCUUGCUCUCACGUGUUUCAUGACAAAUGCAUCUUUCGUUGGCUGCUAUACUCUAAAUCCUGCCCACUUUGCAGAACAGAAGUGGAAUAGUUCAACAGCUCAAAAUCGACAAGGCACAGUCCAUGCAAUUAUUUAGUUAAAGUUGGCCGGUUCUCCUGUUUUCGUUUAGAGGAUUAGUUUGUUCCUUCUCUGUUAAUCUGAAAAUUUGUUGUAAUUAAUUUGAAUCUAGUACUCAAAAUUUUGUUCAUUUAAGCAA